CCGACUGCUCACUGUUCACUGCUCACUGCUGGCUGUUGUUCGCCUGACCACUGCCCACCCUCUGUCAUCAGCCCGACCCUCGGAUGCCUCAUAGCAUCACAUCCUCUUGCUCUUUCUGUCCUCUUCAACCAUAAACCACAUUCUCAGUGCCCUGCACCUGUCAUUUUAGCUCCCGGUUGCCCAGCACCCUCCGAACCAAGGAACCCGCGCAUACUCUCGGUCGCUAGUGACGAGUAACAAGCCCAGCAGCCAGCCAGUCACCCACCGGCCGCCGUGUCUUCGAUCCGUUCUACGUACGGUGCUAUUGUUAUCAAAUCAAGAACAACGGGAGACAUUUCUCUCGUCUGAUUACCCACCGCUCUUAUAAGCCAUCGUUUCCCGUCAUCCUCCCGCUCUCCCAUCGACCUUCUUCGCCUCGGGUGGCGUUACCGACACUGCCCCAUCCUCUUAUAUAAGCCGGCACCAUUCCCGCCACAAGAAAGCGGAAAGCCGCUGAGGCGACGAUCUCCUCUGGAAAUAUCACGGCUCCUAACAAGAGGGUUCUCGCUUCAGCUGGCCCAGAUACCGCUCCUCCCACUCCCGUCACCACCUCCUCCAACAUGGACACUGACGACGAGUUCAUGUCUACUGUCUCUAGUGAGGAUGAUAUGCUCCCGGAUGACAGCGACAAUGACAUCUCUGGUGAUGAUGACUUCGGAUUCGACGACGAGCCAGAUCCGGAUCUCGGCAUCCAGCAAGACAUAGGUCAGAAUAAGAGAGCGCCUUACGAUGUCAGCUUCAGGGUGUACGAGCCGCAGGACAUACAACAGCAGCAAGACGUUCUAAUCGACGAAGUAAACAUGAUUUUAAACAUCUCAAAAGAGGAAUCAGCAAUUCUAUUGCGGCACUUUAGGUGGAACAAAGAGCGUCUCUUGGAGCAGUACAUGGACCACCGGGAGAAGGCUCUUGAGGCUGCUGGUCUCUCCCAAACGACAUCGGGUCCACCAAAGCUGGAAGUGAUACCCGGGUUCUGCUGCGAUAUCUGCUGCGAGGAUGAGGAAGGCCUACAAUCGUUUGCCUUGAAGUGCGGCCACCGCUUCUGCGUCAACUGUUACCGCCAUUAUCUGGGUCAAAAGAUCCGAGAGGAAGGCGAGGCUGCGCGCAUCCAGUGUCCUGCCGAGGGUUGUAACAUCAUCAUCGAUGCUAGAUCAUUGGACCUGCUCGUAACCGCCGAGCUGACGGAACGAUACCACAAACUGCUCAACCGCACCUAUGUCGAAGACAAGGAAACGCUAAAGUGGUGUCCCGCCCCUGACUGCCAGAACGCCAUCGAGUGUGGCAUCAAGAAGAAGGACCUGACGAGGAUCGUGCCCACGGUCGCUUGCUCGUGCAGCCAUCGGUUUUGCUUUGGGUGCAUCCUGAACGAUCACCAACCUGCCCCUUGCGAGUUGGUAAAGAAGUGGCUCAAGAAAUGUGCCGAUGACAGCGAGACGGCGAAUUGGAUUUCGGCCAACACCAAGGAGUGUCCCAAAUGCAAUAGCACCAUCGAAAAAAACGGAGGUUGCAACCACAUGACGUGUCGUAAGUGCAAGCAUGAGUUUUGUUGGAUGUGCAUGGGUCUGUGGUCGGAGCAUGGGACGAGCUGGUACAAUUGCAACAGGUUUGAGGAAAAGAGCGGGACGGAUGCCCGUGAUGCCCAGGCCAAAUCCAGGGUCUCUCUGGAGCGUUAUCUCCAUUACUACAACCGCUACGCCAACCACGAACAGUCUGCCCGCCUGGACAAGGACCUUUUUGCGAAGACGGAGAAGAAGAUGGUUCAGCUGCAAAAGGAAUCGGGCAUGUCGUGGAUCGAGGUUCAAUAUCUCAGCGCAGCCUCGAUGGCACUGCAGACCUGUCGACAGACGCUCAUGUGGACGUACGCGUUUGCCUUUUAUCUUGCCAGGAACAACUUGACAACGAUUUUUGAGGACAACCAAAAGGACUUGGAGUUGGCGGUCGAGUCUCUUUCUGAGAUGUUUGAGAAACCCGUAACUGAGCUUGCGGAUAGCAGGCUCAAGGUGGACAUCAUGGACAAGACAUCCUACUGCAACAAGCGGCGGAUCAUCUUGCUUGACGACACGGCCCGGAAUUUGUCAGAAGGGAAAUGGAUCUUCAAUGUGGAAUUCAGCAAUCCGACGCCAAUCAGCGGGCCAAGCUCCCGUAAGUAGGAGUCACCUGUGGAGAUACCCAGAGAGUCACGCAUGGAGACACCAGAGAUACCACAGAGGCCCGACAACUUUUGGCGCUUUU